AUGGGAGGGGAGAGUACUUCAAUGGGUGCGCUGGUGCCUAUAGUGAAGUCCGAGCCGGAAAAUUCUUCCGGCGAAGCUCAGCCUAUGCCUUCGAUACCGAUGGAGGAGAAGGGGCAGGGGGUAGAAGAGCUGGAUAAAGAUGUUUUGUGCCCGAUAUGUAUGCAGAUCAUUAAGGACGCGUUUUUGACGGCGUGUGGGCAUAGUUUCUGCUAUAUGUGCAUUGUUACUCAUCUUCAGAACAAAAGCAAUUGUCCUUGUUGCUCUCACCACCUCACCACCAAUCAUCUUUUCCCUAACUUUCUCCUCAACAAGUUAUUGAUGAAGACAUCUGCUCGUCAAAUAGCUAAAACUGCCAACCCUUUGGAACAACUUCGCCACACUCUAGAACAGGGAUGUGAUGCAUCAGUCAAGGAGCUCGAGAGCCUCUUGUCUCUUCUUGCUGAGAAGAAAAGUAAAAUGGAGCAGGAAGAAGCUGAGACAAAUUUACAGAUUCUGUUUGACUUUCUGCAAUGUCUAAAAAAGAAAAAGCUUGACGAACUCAAUGAGAUUCAAGCUGAACUUCAUUACAUUAAAGAAGAUAUUCAUGCAGUGGAGAGGAGACGAAUAGAGCUGUAUCGAGCAAGAGACCGGGCCACCGGAGCACAGGGGCUUUGUCAUCUGAGUUCAGAUUCUCAAAACAUUACUCAAUCAAGAAUGGCAUUGGCAAGAAAGAGGCGGGUUCAUGCACAGUUUAAUGAUCUACAAGAUUGUUAUUUGCAAAAGCGGAAGUAUUGGGUGUCACAGGAGCAGCAACAAAGGGAUUCACAUGGUUUGAAUAGGGAAAGUUACAGUGCAGGUCUUGAGGAUUUUCAGUCUGUUCUAUCCACCUUCACGCGAUACAGUCGUUUGCGGGUCGUUGCGGAACUUAGGCAUGGAGAUAUUUUUCACUCAGCUAAUAUUGUAUCAAGUAUAGAAUUUGACAGAGAUGAUGAAUUAUUUGCUACUGCUGGCGUAUCACGGCGUAUCAAGGUUUUUGAGUUUUCAUCGGUGGUUAACGAACCGGCCGACGUGCAAUGUCCUGUUGUGGAAAUGUCCACACGAUCCAAACUCAGCUGUUUAAGUUGGAACAAGUACACAAAAAAUCACAUAGCCAGUAGUGACUAUGAGGGCAUAGUAACUGUUUGGGAUGUGACUACACGUCAGAGUGUGAUGGAGUAUGAGGAGCAUGAAAAACGAGCUUGGAGUGUUGAUUUUUCACGUACAGACCCUUCGAUGCUUGUAUCUGGGAGCGAUGAUUGCAAGGUCAAAGUUUGGUGUACAAAACAAGAAGCAAGUGUUCUCAAUAUUGACAUGAAAGCCAAUAUAUGUUCUGUCAAAUAUAAUCCCGGAUCUGGUAUCCACGUGGCUGUUGGCUCUGCAGAUCAUCACAUUCAUUAUUAUGACUUGAGAAAUACUAGCCAGCCAUUGCAUAUCUUCAGUGGGCAUAGGAAAGCUGUUUCUUAUGUAAAAUUUUUAUCAAAUAACGAGCUUGCUUCUGCAUCUACCGACAGUACAUUGCGCCUCUGGGACGUUAAGGAAAAUGUGCCGCUACGCACAUUUAGAGGACAUGCGAAUGAGAAGAAUUUUGUGGGUCUAACUGUAAACAGUGAAUAUAUAGCCUGUGGCAGCGAAACAAAUGAAGUAUUUGUCUAUCACAAGGCUAUUUCAAAACCAGCAGCUUGGCAUAGAUUCAGUUCUGAUACCGAUGAAGCUGAUGAAGACACCGGUUCAUACUUCAUUAGUGCUGUUUGUUGGAAAAGUGAUAGUCCAACUAUGUUAACAGCUAACAGUCAAGGCACAAUUAAAGUCCUUGUACUUGCUCCUUGA